AUGGCCAAAUAUAUAUUAGAACAGGGUGGUGUUUUUAGAGACUUUAAGCAUUGGGGAACUAUGCCAUUAGCUACCAGAACACGAAGGCAUCAAGAAUAUCACACUGAUGGACAUUUUUAUGAUUCGUUGCAAUAUUGUAAAAUUUGGAAGAUAUUGUAA